AUGUUUGGCCACCAGUACAUGUGCAGUGCGUGCUGUCUGAACCGCUUCCUCCUCGUUCUAACCGACAGCUUAGCGGCUCUGGUUACAUUCUGGAUCUAUGAUUAUGUUUGUUCCCUUCGCGAGGAGUCGCGCUGGACCAAGAUAAAAGGCCUUUAUAUCAUUGCACGAUAUGUCCCCUUUGUCUUCAUCACCGCAGAACUAUAUCUGGUCUUUCAUCCGAACGAGAACCCUGAUAAUUGCCGGGUGUUGGUCUAUAUCUUGUCAUAUUCCGGUCUGGUAUCAUUCGCUUGUUCUGAAUGUAUCUAUCCUUUCCCCGCGAGACACGUGCUCCUGAUCCAAUUGACCUAG